GAAAUAGUGGCGUCUAUAACUCUGUACACUUCCAUUUUGCAUUAAACACUUCACUAAAAAACACAACUUUCAAUUUCAAUUUCAAUUCAUUACAACUUAUCAACCAAAGCACCAAACUUUCUUUUUGCAUCAUCCCGUUAACUCUCUCUUCUUGACUUUUUAGCUUUCAAAUCAUACGUUUUUUCAACUGAAGCUUUUACUCCUCUGCCACCGGGGGGACCGGUCUGUAGUCUGGCUGGGUCUUCUUUGACUAAUCAAAACUUGCCCAUUUGAAAAGCAGCGUCUGAGGCCCCCCCAAGUCUUAAAAACCAAGGCGAAAAAGACCAUCUUUGCUGCUAGGCUCUAAUGGAGGAAAACCAAGAAAUCGUACUGACCCAGAUGAGGAAAUCGGUGGAGAAGCUUGGUUCUUCUAUUGAGAAGCAUGGUGAGCCAACACUGAUGAGAUUCUUAAUUGCGAGGUCUAUGGACCCAGAUAAAGCAGCAAAGAUGUUUGUUCAGUGGCAGAAAUGGAGGGCUUCGCUUGUUCCAAAUGGGUCCAUCUCUGCCUCGGAAGUACCAGACGAGUUGGCAGCCAAAAAGCUUUAUUUGCAGGGCUUAUCAAACAAGGGAUACCCAGUGAUGAUUGUUAAAGCGAGCAACCAUUUUCAUUCAAAAGACCAACUUCAAUUCAAAAAAUUUGUGGUCCACCUUCUUGACAAAACAAUUGCCAGUUCUUUUAAAGGAAGAGAGAUUGGGGAUGAAAAGUUGAUUGGCAUUCUUGAUCUGACAGACAUCUCAUACAAGAACAUUGAUGCACGUGGACUGAUCACGGGAUUUCAGUUUCUACAGGCGUACUACCCCGAACGUCUGGCAAAGUGCUUCAUUUUAAACAUGCCUUGGUUCUUUGUAAGCGUUUGGAGGCUGGUUUCACGCUUCCUUGAGAAGGCGACUCUAGAAAAGGUCGUGAUUGUGACCAGUGACGAUGAGAAAAGAGAUUUCAUAGAAGAAGUCGGAGGAGAAACCUUGCCAGAAGAGUAUGGCGGACGUGCAAAACUAAGAGCGAUCCAAGAGGUAGAAUUGGCCCCAUUGGAGGAUUGAAUGCAAAAAAUACUAAGGUUUGGCUAACUGCUAUCAAAUGGUCAGGUGUUAAUGAUAAAUGUAUUGCUGAGAUAGCAUAGCAGGCUGCUGCUUCAAGCUAUUUUCUUCUCCAAGAGUUAUUUAUAAUAUGAUUAUGAUUAUAUGGUGUCAUGUCAAUACCUACCUUCCUAUCCUUCCAUUUCUGCCUAAUAUAUACAAGUGACUCUUCUCAAAUAACAACUGAGGAAUAGCUUUGUUUAUCUAGUUAAUAUUUAUAUUUAUAUAAAAGCUUAUCUUGUCUGGGAUGUA